UAACAGCAGACCCAGAGGGGGCUCCAGGCCAGCAGACGGCAUCACCUGCCACCCUCUUAACAGGGUUCACCCAGACUUCCUCUUCGGGGUCCGCUUUGCUCUAUGCUCUUGGUACCUCUAAGGGUCAGUUCCUCUGUCCUCCAGGGCGAACACACUGCGUGUGUGCAUGUGUGGUUGUUGGGUGAGUGUGCUGCUGUGGGUGCCCCGCCUGGGACCUUUUCCAGGGUCACCUGACUGGGUGCCAGUCACGGAGGGGGACAGGGCUUUUAUGUCCACGGAAAAGAGCUGCUCAGAGAGGCGUACGCAUCUUCCGUCCUGACGUCCUUCUCCUCGAGAGACCAUGUGGCCAGAGUGGGGCCAGAGAAAGAGCACCUGAACACAAAGUCUUAGAGGAAGACGGAGAGGAGAGCAAGAAGAAAGGACAGGCACACAGAUGGAACCAGCACUCUUCGUCACUCUUCUCCUGAGUAGCAAAGGACAUGGGCUGGGACAAACUGUGGCCACCCUUUUGCCCCCACCCUGGCCUGGCAGAGAGCGUCGGGGCACCUGUGUCCUGGAAUUUCCGUGAUUCUCCAGGACAUGGGCUGGCGCUUUCCACACACACUGGUCCAGAGCUCGCGGGGUGUGUACAGUGUCCUGAGUCCUAGAGGAGUCCAUUCAGGAAGGCGAGGACAGCUCGGCAUUGCCUGGGUUCAAAUACCAGGCGGAGUGCGCUGGGGGAGGAAACGGCGGGAGGGGUGAAGGUGGAGGUGUGUCCUGGGAGCGCGGUAGGCGGGGCGCCGAGGCUGGCUCCCUGAGUGGUCAAUGCAGGGCGAGGGGCGGGGCCCUGGAGGGCCACGCCCACCGGCCAUUUACAGAAUGGACGCGGGGUUCUCCUUUGUCCUGGGCCUAGCUCAGGAAUCAGUUCCACCAAGGCCGCCUACGUGAUAGAGCGUCAUCCUCGGGCGUCACAACCUGUCCUCUAUGCCAUGUGCGCAUGCGUUCACCAGCCCGCAGCCUCUGGGAGGACGCGAGAGCUCCACCUGCCGGCCGCGUGCGGGAGCCAUGUGGCCGCACAUCCAGCUCCUUCCCUCCGUUGCGUGCCAGGCUCGCUCAGGGCCAGGACCACAUGGAGAGCGCUGCGGGGUCCGGGGAAGGCGGGGCUGCCCUGCCGUCCUGGAGCACCUUGGUCCUGGAAGGGGGCGUGAGGAGUCAGAACCACGAGCCCAGGCAGGUGCCUGGGGGGAGGCGGGGCACUGCAGGUUGGGCGCAGAGGCUGUGCUGGGUGCUGAGGCCCAGCAGGGCAGAGAGCAGGCCGGCCCGGGGGACGAGUUGCUGCUGGUGGUGGAGGAUAUCAUGGCGGUGGUGGAGGUCUUGGCGGUGGAAGACGAGGAGGCGGUCCAAGCACAGGAGGACGAGCAGCUGCAGGAGCAGCAGCAAGCGGAGUCAGGGCUGGGUCCUGAGACAGCCGGCACCCCACCUGCCGCGCUGGAGGUGGUUCAGUUGGCGCUCAGCUCUGUGGAUGCCCAGGCUACCAGGGCCUACUUGCGGCUCAAGCGCAGGGUGAAUCAGAGGCGGAGUUCUCACCUGGCUCGAAGAAGGGACAUCAUCCAGCACAUCCCUGGCUUCUGGGCCCAGGCCAUGUCCUUCCUCCUGCUGGGCUUGGGUUUGUCUGCGGUGGAGGACCACUGGGAGGAGGGG